AUGGUCGGAAUUACCGCCGGAAUUGAUAACAGCCGUCGCAGAACGCCUGGAAACCCGAGCAGACAUCCUCCAUUUCCGGCGAGCUUGCAAGACAUGGCGAGCUUCAGCCCCCCUCUCUCUCCUCACCCCAAAAAACAUCUUAUCCCCUCUAUUCCCACACUCAUCGAUAGUAAUCGUACCAAAUUUCUAGUCGCAAAUUCCGUAUUUCUUGUUCGAUCAGCCAUUAAUCCCAAGCUUCAACCUUGGCUAGUCUCCGUUGAGGAGUCAAACCCAGGUAAAUUAUCCGUUAGAUCACCCCUUUCUCGUCUCGUUGCUAAAAGAUUACCUGAAAAAUUUCCCCAUAACUUGGAUUUGUCUCAAUUUCAUGUUUCGGAAUUGGCUAGGUUUCAUACUUAUAAACUAGUUGAUAAGAAUUCCACUGAUAAUAAUAGUGAUGGUGUUGUUAGGUAUUAUAAUCAUCCAACAAAUGGUUUCCCUUUAGAUAAUAGGGUGGUUUUGUUUGUGAACCCGGAUUGCGCAAAAGAUGAUUAUACUGUUGUUGAGUUGUCUAAUGUUACAGCUUUAUUUGUGAAGAGUGUUAUGGAUGGAGCAGCUCAUCAUGUAAGUUCCUGGGGGCGGAAGCUCGAUGAUAUAAUUAGUUUUAAAGGGAAGAUAUACGGUGUUGAUCGAAAAGGUAGGGUGUUGUCCAUGGGCUAUAAGUCGUUGAAGAUGUUGAAAGUUGUGGAGGAACCAUUGUGUGAGGGAUCAGGAAGUGAAAACAAGAAACGUUUGGUUGUAUCUUGUGAUGAGUUGUAUUUAGUUUAUACUGUAUGGGGUUUUAAGAAUACAUUUCCAACGACAUUUAAGGUUUUUAAGUUGAACGAGGAGGAAAAGAAAUGGGAUAAGCUUGAACAAGGUAUAGGUAAUGAUAGGAUAUUGUUUGUUACCUUUGAUGGUUGCUUCUUUGCCCCAGCCAAGGAUUUUCCGCGGUGGAGAGGCAAUUGUAUUGUAUCCCGUAAGAAAUGUUUUCCCCUGUAUUCUAGCAAUCGGGUUGUUAAUAUUGCAAUGUUGAAGGGGGUAAUGGGUAUUGUUGUUUAUCACUUUGAGGGUGGUGAUUGUCGCUAUCUACUUGAGUAUCCGAGCUAUUCCGACUUCUUAUGGCCACCCCCAUGA